AUGGAACCCACUCGUUCCUUCAGAAAUGAGAUGGACUCAGUGCUCUCGCUGGAGCAGAUCCGGGCCAUCCGGGCCAACAAUGACUAUGUGGACAGACCCGUGGCGCUGGAAGCAGCAUCCCAGUCUGGAUUUUACUAUGCCCACGAGGACCGUUACCCUCAUGGGGUGUUCAGUCAUCACUCCCAGCCUUCCUUCUCCUCCACCCUGUCUCGCAGCCAGAGUCAGCAGCAGCAUGCUCAUUUUUCCCACCUGAGUCGCUCCAGCACCGUCAGCUCCUCCAUUUCCAGAACCAGUGCCACCUCUGACCAGCGGCUCCUGGCAGGUCUGACGCCAUCUCACAGUGGUUUGGGUUCAGUGGUCCAUUCUCAGCCUAAAGGAGAGCUGAAGCCCGACGCUUCGUUCAGUAAAGUCCUGACAGACGAUGAGGUGGACCUUGGCCUCCACUCGUUCAUCUGUGAGCAGUGCGGUCGCUGUAAGUGCCAGGAGUGCUGCAGCCCUCGCCGCCUCCCGUCCUGCUGGGCCUGUGGGCAGCGCUGCCUCUGCUCUGCUGAGACCGUCGUGGAGUACGGUACGUGCCUGUGCUGUGUCAAAGGCCUGUUCUACCACUGUUCGGCCCAGGACGAUGAGGAUAACUGCGCCGACCGGCCCUGCUCCUGCGCCCCGGCACACGCCUGCGCUCGCUGGAGCACCAUGGCCCUGCUGGCCCUCUGUCUGCCCUGCCUCUGCUGCUACCCCUCUGCCAGGCUGUGCCUUGCCCUCUGCCAGUGUGCCCAUGACCGGGCCACACGGCCCGGCUGCAGGUGCAGCAACACCAACACAGUGUGCCGCAAGAUAUCCGCCUCCAACCCAAACGCUGGUCACCCCUCGCUGCGGAGCAAAGCUCUGGAGAAGCCGUUAUGA